UCGAACGUUGAGCGUCAAUUGACUAAGGAGCCAGACAGUUCGCAUCUAUCCAACAGCUAACGGACUAAGUGGACAUUAACUGAGCGCAAUAUGCAGGCGAGUCAUGUGCGCCUAAUCAAAAUACUAUUCGUGAUCAUCGCCAUAAAGCUGUUCAUCGUGCUCGUGCUCUUCGGCUACAACAAUUCCGUUGAGGAUAUUCCGGAACAGUCAAUGGUUUUCAUCGAUGAGCUGCUAGUGGACAAAAGCGACGAGCCCAGCUGGGAGCAGCGACUGGCUCUGAUACGAAAGGAGAUGCCCUCAUUUCCGCUCGAGGAGCUGCACCGUCGACCGCUAGGCGAGCCGAAAUGCGGCAAAGUGCCUGCUGCAUUGGGCAUCGAUUUCAGCAACGACUAUUGGCAAACCUUGAACAAUGCUAACCUCACUUAUCACAUCUUUGGUGCGUACUACGACAACAGAGAGAAGAUGAUCGAGGCGCCGCUGGUCCGCGUGCUAACCAUGAUCAAUCACUAUGGCAAGCGUGACGUUGUAAAGCAUCCGGAAACCUUUUGUCAGCUCUGGUUCAGGAAUCGCAUCGAGCCCGUUGUAGUGAAUGUGACAGACUACAAGAUAAUUUGGAUCUGGGGCGGCGGCUCGACCAUGGUCUAUCCCACGCUCCUCAGCUGCUGCUUGCCGAAAACAAACGACACCAAGGCGCAGGAGGCGCCCGAAAUGGUCUCGUUGGUAACGAAGCGCUGCGACAAGGCCAGGAAUCUGGUGCGCGUUGUUUACGAACCGGACGAGGCGAGUACAGCUGUAACAGAUCCUCCUCAACAGCAAUCCAAGCAAAACAAUAGCACGCAGCUACAGAAGAAACCAUUGCGUUUUAUGGUCUGCGUAAAGGCCAUGGACUUUAUCUAUAAAGACUUGUCUUGGCGGCUAAUUGAAUGGCUGGAACUGAUGCGUCUGCUGGGCGCCGGAAAGGUGGUCUUCUACGAUGCACAGAUGCAUCCAAAUAUGACGCGAGUGCUGAACGACUACAUGGAAACGAGUCCAGGCUUUGUAGAGGUGCGCCCUUUGUCCAUGGCCCGCGGUGAACCGCACUCGGGCCCACAUUUUCAACACUAUGCCAUGGAUGCUGACGGCUUCAAUCGUAUACUAAACGAAAUGAUACCCUACAACGACUGCUUCUAUCGCAACAUGUACAAAUACGACUACAUUGGCGUGUUCGACACUGAUGAGGUGAUCAUGCCGCUGGGCAAUGUCACCAAAUGGUCGGACCUCGUCGAGCUGGCAUACAGGGUGCCCGACUAUGAAAGGGAGACUUGGAAAUGCGACGAAUGGGCCAGCUUUUGCUUUCGCAAUGUCUACUUCCCCAGUUACCCCGAACGGCCCAAGGUCUACAAGAAGCUGCCCGGCUUCUACUACAUGCUGCAGCAUGUGGAACGCGUUGCCGAGCACUGUGAUCGGUAUGCGGCAGUCAAAUGCCUGCACUCCACACGUUAUGUGAUUGGACUGCACAAUCACUUUCCACUCUUUCGGGCAGAAAACGGUGAAUGCGAAGCGAAAUCAGUGCCCAUCAAGUAUGCCCAGCUGCAGCAUUACCGGGAGCCGGACAACAAGACGCGCCUCAUCGAUCCAAUCAUAGAUGACAGCAUCUGGCGCUAUCAGCCGCUGCUGCAACAGCGCGUCUAUGCCCAAUACGAAAGGCUCGGCUUUCUGCCCAGCAUUCAACAAGUGCUGACUGCCAAGGAGCAGCGGCGCAAAGACGACGAGCUUCAACUAAAAAAGGCUAUCUCAAGGGUAUAGAUAGUCAUAUCUCAUCUAUUUAUUAAGUUAUUUUUUUGUAUUUUUUUUAUGGCCCGCUCUAAAAGCUUCCACAAGCUACACUAUCUAAAUUAUCUACCUCAAUCAUAUCAUGCUUAGAUUAUAAAGCAACUGGAACUUUAUAAGAUCGACAAGCUAAUAUACCAUUCGUAGAAUUAUUUUUAAAUUUGAAUCUGGUUCACAGUUUAAAAAUA